CUGGUAUUUGUCGGUUCCUACGACGGACAGGCUACCCUGCCACUGAACGCCCGCUCCCUGAGCAACGAACUUAUCCUCACCGGCUCCAGAUACUGCAGCCGCCAGGAAUUGGCAGAGGCCGUAGAACUGGUGGCCCAGGGCCAGAUCCGGCCUAUCGUGACCCGCAUCUGCCAGAUGGAAGAGGCCGAAGAAGUCCUGCAAAGCAUUGAAGCCAUGGAGCAGCCAGGGCGGGCCUGUGCAGUGCUGCCCUGA